AUGGUGAAACGAGGAAAGAAGUUCUUCAAAGUUUAUCUCCCAGGUCAAAGCACUCAACAACUGCGAAUUCCUCCGGCAUUCAUCAAGGAAUUCAAUGGAACCAUACCUUCCAAGUCUACAAUUAUGAAUCAUGGAAGGAGGCAAUGGAGGGUGGAAAUGAACAUGGUUGGUAACAAUCUGUAUUUUCAAAAUGGUUGGCACAAAUUUGUGGGAGACAAUACGUUAGAAUACGGAGAUUUUCUAGUAUUCUCUUAUUUUGGUAGUUCAAAGUUUUAUGUCAAAAUAUUUGGAAAAAGUGGCUGUCUAAAGGAGGUUCCAAUCCCUACUGGGAAGACUACUCAAAAAGCACUUACAGUUUUCCAAGAAAAUCAGACAUUUAAACCCAGAAAGUCUGAAGAAAGAGGCAAGCAGAUAGCUAUUGAAGAGAAUGAUGGAGCUCGUAAAGCAGCAACAAAAUUCGACUCUGCAUAUCCUUUCUUCCAAAUAGUCAUAAAACCAUCUUAUUCAGCUGAAAUUAAGGGUUGUUUUCUGAAUAUACCAUUUAGGUUCUUCAAGGAGUACAUGGAAAAGGGUAAAGAGAAUGCUGUUCUUCAUGUGUCAACGAAGUCAUGGCCUGUGAAAGUGAAAAUCUAUCAAAAUCGCCAAGCCAGGUUUUCUAUGGGUUGGGCAGCAUUUGCUAAAGAUAACACCCUGAAAGCCGGAGAUGUUUGUGUCUUUGAGCUAAUUAAGAGAGAUGAUUUUGUGUUGAAAGUUUCUAUCGUGAGGGGUUGA